AUGGUGCAUAACUCGCCCGAGCAGUCUGGUGCGCGUCCUGCAGACCAGUCUGAUCAACCAACACCGCCAGGCGAUAAGCCGGCAGAGGAAUCCAACGGACACAACAAGCAAGAGUCCUCCUCGUCAGCACCUUCACCCAGCUCUUCCAACGGUAGAAGGGGCAGGUCGCGCACCCGCAAUUCACCGCGCAGCCGUCCCGAUGACAAUUUCAACCGGAGGGGAUACCAUACUCUUAUGUCGUCUUUCGGGAGGGCCUUCCAUGUCGAAAAGCGCUGGAAACUUAUCCGAGAGUUGGGCUCCGGGGCCUACGGUUUCGUGAUAUCCGCAGCCGACGAGAUCUCAGGAGAACCGGUCGCUAUCAAGAUGGUCACUCGCGCCACCGAGAAGAUCCAGCUCGCGAAACGUGCCUUGCGGGAGAUCACCUUGCUUAGGCAUUUCGCGCACGAAAACAUUACGGGUUUAAUUGACGUCGACUGUACCCCUGACUUGAGCGAAAUUUACAUCUUCAUGGAGCCCAUGGAAGCGGACCUGCACCAAAUCAUCAAAUCAGGUCAGACACUCACAGAUGAACACGUCCAGUAUUUCGUUUAUCAGAUUUUACGAGGGAUGAAAUUUAUUCACUCCGCCUCGGUGAUCCACCGCGACCUCAAGCCGGGAAAUCUACUCGUGAAUGCUGAUUGCGAACUCAAGAUCUGCGAUUUCGGUCUCAGCAGGGGUUUCAACUCUGCACCAGACGAGAAUCCCACGGCUAUGACGGAGUAUGUGGCAACGAGGUGGUACCGAGCACCUGAGAUAAUGCUGGCAUACAAAGGUUAUAACAUAGCAAUCGAUGUAUGGUCAAUUGGUUGUAUCUUUGCAGAAUUGAUGCUGGGCCGACCGCUGUUUAAGGGUAAAGACUAUGUUGAUCAACUCAACCAGAUUCUUCAGGUCCUCGGUACGCCAGACGACCAGGUUAUCAGCCGGAUAGGCAGCCCGAAGGCACAAGCCUAUAUUCGCUCUCUACCAAUCAAGAAAACAGUCCCCUUCUCAAAAGUCAUCCCGACCGCCGAUCCUCAGGCGGUGGAUCUGCUGACCAAAAUGCUCACAUUCGAUCCGGCGUCACGAAUCACGGUGGCCGAGGCGUUGGAACAUCCAUGGCUCUCCUCAUAUCAUGACGUCGGCGAUGAACCCACUUGUCCUGAGAAGUUCGGACGCUGGACAUUCAUAGAAGGACUGGAAACCCUUGACCAGUUCCGCGAAGCCCUGUGGAACGAGAUCCAGGACUACAGGCGGGAGGUCAGGAGUGUGGGUGCGGACGAACGGUCGACGCGCAGUCCGAGCUUGCGAGGCAAAGAAUCGGAAAUAUCACCGGAGAAGGCAGAUCGGGUGCCAUCUCCACAUGUUGCAGCGGUAUCACCGGAGAAGCCUGUGCAGUCACCUGAAGCUACGGAGACUGCUAAGGAUGUCGACUGGACGGCCAAGGAAACCAACGGUCAUACAAAUGCCCAGGUUCCCGAGCCAGGCAAAGUUGUAGUGGAAGAAGUGGAUCCUGUCGUGACCUAUGCGCGGCGGUCAAGCUUCAUGGCGCCCGCGCGGCCCUCCCGCACCAACUCGACAUACUCGAAUUACUCCUCGUCGCAAUUCAGGUCACAUCAACCCGCAACGUCCACGGACGGGGCCAGUGCUCAUGGGGGAGAGAGCUCCGUGGUGUUUCCGGGACAGCAGGACUACGUCGUCCCCGCACGGUCACGCACAGCCUCUAUGUAUGGCGGUAGUGUCUCUCGGCGACUGCUGCGCACACUGUCAACAGUAUCCAUCUAUGAAAGCGGCGAGGGUUUUGCCGGCGGCCUGGCGGACAUCGCGCCCAUCGGGAGGUACAUCGUGGAGAGGGAUGAGGCACUCCCCUCAGGGAUGCCGCACGAGCUUGAAUCUCCUCCCCAGGGAACAACUCAGAAGCAGACGCAGGCACCUGGAGAUUCAACGCAGUGCAAGGAGUGA